CCUUCCCAGGAGAUUCCUGCUCAACCUGGCCCCAAAUCACCUCUGCUAAUCCCACCAGAGCAGAGGAAAGGAUCUGCUGUGUACACACACACCUGCAGAGUCGAUCACCUGAGAGGACGGCAACAGACCUUGCAUCAUGGACGUCCUUCUGCAGUUGCUGUUCUCGCCUCUCUCCACCCCGGCCAUCAUCUCCCUGUUUGCCGUGGGAGCUGCUACCUUGUUUUACCUCAACACACGACCCAGUCCCCUCCGCAGCCCCAUGGACCUCAACAACCAGACUCUAGGAAUCAAGGAUGGAGCAAGGAAGAGCGCGUUGCUUGAGGACAACAACAACCUGAUGUCGUAUUACCAUGGUGACGCCAAGACCAUGUAUGAGGUCUUUCAGAGGGGUCUGAAGGUUUCAGGUAAUGGACCGUGUCUGGGCUACAGAAAACCAGGAAGGCCGUACCAGUGGCUGAGAUACAAACAGGUGUCUGAUAGAGCGGAGCACCUGGGGUCAGGGCUCCUUCACAAGGGCCUGAAGCCGAACUCUGAGACCUUUAUUGGCAUCUUUGCUCAGAAUAGACCAGAGUGGAUUAUCGGUGAGCAGGCCUGCUACACCUACUCCAUGGUAGCGGUUCCCCUGUACGACACCCUGGGUCCUGAAGCUCUUGUGUUCAUUAUCGACCGAGCGGAGAUCUCCACAGUGCUCUGUGACAACCAGAGCAAAGCAGAAACACUGCUGCAGACUCGGGAGAAAGGCCAGACUCCAGUCCUCAAAACCAUCGUCGUCAUGGACUCUUUCAACUCUGAGCUGGUCGAGCGGGGAACCAAAUGUGGAGUCGACAUUGUGUCAAUGCAGGAUGUGGAGGCUCUGGGGAAAAGUAAUCUUCAAAAGCCAGUUCCACCGAAGCCUGAAGACCUCAGUAUUGUUUGCUUUACCAGCGGCACCACAGGAAACCCCAAGGGAGCGAUGUUGACCCAUGAGAACGUGGUCUCUGAUGCUGCAGCCGUCAUCAAAAGCUUUGACGUGGCGUUUGUCCCAUCUACUCAAGAUGUCAGCAUUUCAUUCCUGCCUUUAGCACACAUGUUCGAGAGAGUCGUACAGACAGUGAUGUACGGUGCUGGAGGUAGGGUCGGAUUCUUCCAGGGAGACAUCAGACUGCUGCCAGAUGACAUGAAAACUCUGCAGCCCACCAUCUUCCCCGUCGUCCCUCGACUUCUCAACCGCGUCUAUGACAAAGUUCAGAGUGGAGCCAAAUCGCCUUUCAAGAAAUGGCUGCUGAACUUUGCCGUGGAGCGGAAGUUUGCUGAGGUGAAGGAGGGAAUCAUCAGGAACAACAGCGUCUGGGACAAACUCAUCUUCCACAAAGUGCAGGAGUCUCUUGGUGGAAGAGUGCGGGUCAUGGUGACGGGAGCAGCACCCAUAUCUCCCUCUGUGCUCAACUUCCUCAGGGCGACUCUGGGCUGUCAGAUCUUUGAGGCGUACGGUCAGACAGAGUGCACAGCCGGCUGCACAUUCACGACACCAGGAGACGCCACCUCAGGUCAUGUUGGAGUGCCGCUGCCUUGUAACAUUGUGAAGUUGGUGGAUGUUGAAGAGAUGAACUACUUCGCCUCAAACGGAGAAGGAGAGGUCUGUGUUAAGGGUAGAAAUGUGUUCAAGGGGUACCUUAAAGACCCCGAGAAGACUGCAGAGGCUUUGGAUGAAGACGGUUGGCUCCACACUGGGGACAUCGGAAAAUGGCUGCCGAGUGGAGUUCUGAAGAUCGUCGACAGGAAGAAGAACAUCUUCAAGCUGGCUCAGGGAGAGUACAUCGCACCGGAGAAGAUUGAGAACGUGUAUGUGCGCAGCGGACUUGUGGCCCAAGUGUUCGUGCAUGGAGACAGUCUACAGUCGUGCCUGAUCGCCAUCGUGGUCCCUGACCCGGACGUCCUGCCAGGUUUUGCAAAGGAUCUGGGGUGCCAAGGCUCCAUGGAAGAACUCUGCAAAAAAACAGAAGUAAAGAAAGCCAUCCUGUCUGACAUGAUCAAACUGGGCAAAGAAGCAGGACUCAAGUCCUUCGAGCAGGUGAAAGACAUUUACCUGCACCCAGAGCAGUUCACCAUCGAGAGCGGUCUGUUAACGCCGACGCUCAAGGCCAAGAGGGCGGAGCUCAAAUCUCUCUUCCAGCCACAGAUCGACAAACUGUACGCCAACAUGCAAUAAAUGGAUGCGACACCA